ACUGUCACUGAAAAGUUUUCCGAUUACUUCGACGAUGCCCCCAUCAUCAGGAUUUCAGGAAGAAUGCAUCCGAUCAACCAGGUCUUUCUGGAAGACCUCCUUGCAGGGAAAAUCAUUACCAAAGCUUCAUCAGAAAAGAGCCGUAACAACCCGGGUCAAAAUUGUGCCCGACGUUUUGGUGUACCUCAUGGAGAUAAGCCCAGCUGGAACGAGAUCAAUGUGCACGCUUGCGAAGCAAGCGAGCGCCGGCCAAGUUUCACGAAUGAAUUUCACCCCUGCACUCCCGUCUCGAUUACCAAGGGCAGUAAAAGAUCUUUGCAAGUCCUCCACCGGGGGCAAGUGGCUUUAAUGAGUAGCUAUGCUGCAGCUUGAAGCUUUCAAAGGAAACUGCAUUAACACUUCUGUUCAGCAUUAUUUCAUUCCUAUAACUUCAGUUACAUUGCCUCAACAUUCGAAGACUGACUGAAUUUAUGUUUAAUAAAUGUGUUUGAAAACAAUAUUCUA